GGAGGGGGACGAAAAGCAAAGAAAUGUUUGACCAAAGAGAAACGUGGCAACAUCUGUGGAAGUAGUGACUGAAAUAAAAGAUCUGAGCCGUCCAUACAUUAAACUUCAUAAUCAUAAAUAGGGUUUGAGGGUCCCUCUUCAAAGGAUAAAGUGGGGUUGGCUUCUGGUCUGGCUCCUACUGCUUCUCUAGGGAUUUUUCUUCAUUCGGCGUCUGUGAUUUGAUCUCAAUUUUCUGGGUUUUACUUGAAUUUUAAUUUGGGUUUCUUCAUGGAGGAAGCCAAUCAAAACCAUCGCCUUAAUGAAAAGGAAGGAAGCUCUAAUGGCGGCUACGAAAACCAGACCAACAGCACGGUAGAUUCUUCAAAUCUUGCCAAGACUGAAGAGAUUUUAUCGGAUCCCCACGUGGAGCCGCCGUCUACCGCGGUUCCGAAGAAAGAAAAGGAAGGGAUUAUGGAGCACGGAUUGGAUAUUAUGCAUCCUUUGAGUCUUUCUCAGGUACCGUCGACAGUGGCAAAGCCGGCGAAACGUCCUUCCAAGGAUCGCCACACGAAGGUUGAGGGCCGGGGCCGGAGGAUUCGGAUGCCGGCGGCCUGCGCCGCCCGUAUCUUCCAGCUGACCAGAGAACUCGACCAUAAGUCCGACGGCGAGACAAUCCGGUGGUUACUUGAGCACGCCGAGCCGGCAAUUAUCGAAGCGACGGGAACAGGUACCGUUCCGGCCAUCGCUGUCUCCGUCGGCGGGACGCUCAAAAUCCCAACCACAUCUCCGGCGAGGCCCAACGGAGAAAUUUCUGAAGCACCAAGAAAAAGAAGACGAAAAGGCCCAAACUCCGAAUCCAACGAAUGCAACGAUCAAGCUUCCGUUUCCUCGGGUCUUACGCCGAUUGCUCCAAUGGCGGCUUACGGUGCUGGCCUUGUUCCUUUCUGGGGCAGCGCCGGCGGCGUUACAGAGCCGUUCUUCAUGGUUCCAGGAACGUCGAACAACCACCAUCCACAGCUCUGGGCGGUGCCGGCGAGACCCAUAUCUAAUUUGGUAUCGUCAAUGAAUCCCGGUUUGCAAUUUGGGGGUGUGGUGCCGGUUCUGGCCAGAGCUGUUUCAAAUAGUGCGAGCGGGUUGGAAAGUGGAUCAUCGCCGGCGAUCGUUUCGCAUAAUUUGACUCCGUCGACGGCCAGUGCUCCGUCAACAACCAGUGGUAGCACUCAAAUGUUGAGAGAUUUCUCUUUGGAAAUUUACGAAAAGAAAGAGCUGGAAUUCAUGGGUCGGCCAAGCCCUGCGAAGUCUCAGACGCCAUGUUCAAAACCUUGAAAAUGACUUUUUACUCUCACUGUUUCUUCGUCGUCUUUGCUGUGUUAUAACUGUAGUUACAGGGCUCUAGAAGUGGUAGUUUGGGCAAAUAUUAUUUUCCCUGGAAUAAAUCUUGUUAGCAGUGUAAAAAUAGUAGGAAAGAACAAGUCCUUUCUGCCAA